CCUAGCUCCCCCAUCUCUCUCUCUCUCUCUCUCUCUCUCUCUCUAACCCACAUAGCAAACUCAUAUAACAUCACCAUGUACACUCCUUCACAGACCCACUUCUCCUCAACUGAAACAGAGAAUAAUUAUCACUUAGAAGCUGAUGAAGAUGAAGAUGAAGAUGAAUCCAUAUUGCUCACCCUUUCUCCACCCGGUCAACACCUCUCCAACCGCACUGCCUCACAUCACUCCUCCAACGUCAAUGCCUUUGACCGAAACCAAAGCAAUGAAGAUAAAGUAACUGUAGCUCUUCAUAUAGGCCCCUCAAGUAGUAGUACUCCAACUACAAGUUCUACUCGUCCUACUUCUAGUGAUAGUAUCUCCCUCGAGGGACAGUACUGGAUUCCAUCCCCAGCUCAAAUCCUUAUUGGUCCAACACAAUUUUCUUGCACUGUAUGCAACAAGACAUUCAACCGUUACAACAACAUGCAGAUGCAUAUGUGGGGGCAUGGAUCUCAGUACAGAAAUGGUCCACAGUCGUUAAGAGGAACAAAAGUUGGGUCUUCAAUGUUGAAAUUACCCUGUUAUUGCUGUGCUAAGGGAUGCAAGAACAACAUUGAAUACCCACGGUCGAAGCCAUUGAAGGAUUUUAGAACACUACAGACCCAUUACAAGCGUAAGCAUGGGGCUAAAGCUUUCUCUUGUCGCAAGUGUGGAAAGGCUAUUGCAGUGAAAGGAGAUUGGAGAACUCAUGAGAAGAACUGUGGGA